ACAGAGAGUGACACCUCCGGCGGCGGCGGCGGCGCUCGUCGCCCCACUGCCCGCCCCGCUCCCUCCCUCCGCGCCUGCAGGUGAAUAAGAGCCCGUCAAUCCCGCCUCUGAGGAUGAAGUGAUAAAGCGAGAGAGCAGCGAGCCCACAGGAAACGGACGACUCUUCCCCUCGCCGCCAGGCCGCUCUCCCGUAGCGGCGGAACGAAGGUCUCCCUCGCCAAGUCCGCGCAGCUCUCCCUCCCUCUCUCCCUCGCUCUGAUUCGGCGCGCGGGGACUUUUGCUGUUCUUUUACCUCCCGGGAGACGAGCGCGCGGCGGGAGUGGCGCGGAGAAAGGGAGGAAGGCAAGAAAAGCGUGUCCCUGGGCGAAGGAAAAAGCCGCCCUGCUGCGCCUGGGCUGAAGCUGAGCAUCCAGGAGCCGGGCGAAAGCGCCUCAGGUGGGCGCGAGAGUUUUACCGGUCAUUCUCUGGACGAGGGAGGCGCGGGUUGAGGCGGAGGGAUCGAUUCGCGAGGACGGCGUCCUCGCAUUUGCGGCCGAACCCGCCUGUUUUUUGUUUUUAGCACGCGGAAGUGCUCCCCUCUUUUAUAGUAGCAUAUGCUUAUUAAACUAUAAGCUGUUAAUUGGAAGAGUGUUUCGUUGGCUUCCAUUCGUUGCCGUUUCUGUGGAGAGAAAACGAACAGGAACCCCGCUAGGAGAGGCGGUCGUGCCCUUUAUGCACAAAUCCGGAUUCUUUUCGCACCAAAAUCGUGGUGGGGGGGCUUUAAGAAAAGGUAAUGGAGUGGAGGGGGAAGCGGGGUAGGAGACAUAGGCGUGGAAGCUUGGCCAUAUCACCAGUUUAUUUUAAAAGUCAGGACGUGGUGGUGGUGCUUCCUGUAUGUUUGAUCUGAAUGACCUUGGCACCAUACCUCUGCCGAAACACCUGCUGUUUCCUUAUUGUUAAGACGUCGGUUUGGACUACAGAGAUUUCAGUCGUGUGGAUUAUUAUUAUUAUUAUUAUUAUUAUUAUUUGAAUUUAUAUACCGCCCUAUACCCAGAGGUCUCAGGGCAGUUCACAGAAAACUUCAUGAAAGGAAGAAGCUAUAUGCCCAAAAUACCUACACUUCAACGUCUACAGUAAUUUUGAUUAUUGCCUACUAUCAUCUAACGAAAUAAUUUUAGCAAUAUCUAAUAAAACUACACCUAAAUCAAACAAUUAUUUCUUAAAGGCCUAUAUGGGGAGAAGUUACACGGAGAGGUUUCAAUAGCAUGUUACAUGAAUAUGACAAAUGUGUCUACAUUACAUCUGAGCAUAUUUUAAAAGUAUCAGUUAAAAAUAGCAUUCACUGUGGACCCAACAUGUUUUGUGGUAAGGCAAAUCAACUGUAAGGCCUGCUCCAUUGUCUCUAGAACAAGCCAAAAUGGGUAUGAAAAGGAGUGCUAAAGUGGGAAAACUUGCCAUAGCAGCAGCAGCAGCAGCAGCUCCUAUUACCCCACCUUUGGUUGGAUGAUAUUCUAUAUUCUAAAAAUGACUUACGUUGUAUCCAGCCUUACCGGGACGUUUCCCAUCAUAGGAUGGAUAAAAGUGAUCUGCAGAGGCUGUUAAAGAUGUGCAUCGAUAGGAUCUCUUUCUAAGCAGGCAUGGGUGGCCUCAAUACUUGCAGGAUCCGCCUGGGAUCCACUACCUAGAAUCAGGUACAAAAGUGUACAAGUUAAAGAAUUCCGAGGCCCAGGAAUAGAUCUGAGUUCAUUUAUUCCACACACAGAUGUUACUUCCCUCCCUGCUUACCCCCCCAUACUUCAUUUCAGCAGAAGAAUUGUGGGGGGUAACUUUGCUGGCACCUUUGUUAAACAAGAAGUAUGAAAUCUUCACCAAAUCCUCCAAGCUCCUUGGAGCAGAUCCUGCUCCAUCUUCUGUCCAGCACUUUUCCAUAGAAUCUGGCAACUUAUUAUACAACAGAAUUUCAUCUAUUUUUGUUGUUGAUAAUUCCCUUUUUAUUAGAUCCUUUCCUCAAGGAGCCGAGGCCACCAUAUUUGGUUAACACACUAUCCAUUUUACCCUCACAACAUCCACCUAAGUUAGGUUAGGCUGAGAUAUGGUGACUGCCCAAGGUCACCCAGACAGCUUAAAGGCUAAGUGGGAGUUUGGGGCUCUCUGGCCCCAGUCUCACAUACUUGAUUACAACACUACAUUUUUAGCUCAAUCUUCCAGUGAAAAAACCAGUGGUUCCUAGAUGGCUCUUAAGUGGGAUGUAGUAGCUGAUUUGAGCUUGAUUAAUGGGCCCUGGGUAGAUCCAUGACACUUCCUUAUUUGUGCAGUAGCACAUUGCACACAUUAGGCACUAAAUAUGGAGUAACCCAGCAGCUGUAGUGUCUUCAAAGUGGUGGUAAAUAUGAGAGAAGUUUGCUUGUUCUGUGGAAGCAGUGAUUUUGAAAAACAACAUUGUGCAACCAUAUCUACAUAUGAGACUUUGUGCUGAUUUGAGGAGGAAAGCUUACAAACUGAAGGUGUGUGUCAUUACUUCAGGGUAGCUGGGUAUGUGAAAUGAAAUGCCCAUUAAUCUGAGUUCUCUUAAUUGCUGCUUUUUAAAGUAUCUGUUUGGUAGUUACUGGCUACGCAAAACUAUCACAUGGUCCAAAUCUAUAAUUUGUGUGCUCCUUCCUUGUAGAUUAGAGAUCACAUUUGGGCAGUUUUUAUGGGCCUCAUUUCCAGUAAGGGAUUCAGGUUACAUUUCUGCAAACUACCCAAACCAGCACAUAUUUGCAUCUAAAUGGGUUGAGUUACACUGACCUUAGUGGAACAAAGGUUACUGUCCUCAGCUUAAAAUGCUAUCUUUAAACUGUUCUGCUGGCAGUGAAGGAAAUAAAAUGAAAAUUAUGUUCUUAUACUGCACUGUCACAGGCAGAUUGAGAAACUAAGCUGCAGUAGUUACACUUGAGUUCAGGGUUCUGCAUGUCUAAAGUGGUUUGAAACAUCAUCCUAAAUUGUUUGAGGAUUGGGCUGUCCAUUCUAUUGUGGGAGGUGGUGGUGGUGGGGAGCUCAAGAGUUUUUAAAGGCCAUUUUCGCUGAGGCUUUGGACGAUGUACUAUUUGAGCAGGAACAGAAAUUCAUGUGCAGAAUUGUCUUAUUGGUCCUUUUUUUGUUUUCUCAUAUUGUGCUGUUUCUAAGGGAUAUGGGAUUGUUCCUUUGUUUUAAGUACUAAGGGGAAAAGGACGUGAUAAAGGGAAAGGCUGUACUGUAGUUUAGGUUUCCCUGGAAGCAAAUUUCUUGGGUGAGAUGGGGUUUUCCUCUGCCUUCAAAGGCUGAAAGCACUUUAUGAAUAAGCAGUUCCUUCUGCCUGAUAGGGUUACCAGCUUUGUCUGGCAGGGUUGUUUUCCUACCAGCAACUAUGUGAUAAGCAAAAUUGCUUCAGGUGGAACUUUUUUCCUAUCUGAAUUUUCAGCCUGGGAAGAAUUUCAGCCUUUAAACAUCUGCUCACCAUAGCAGCAUUUAAAGACACAGAAGCCUUAAUACUAACUUUGUAUUCUAUGGUCCUGUUCCAGGAACUUCAUUAUUGAAACGGUUUCUCUUUUUCUGUAGAAUACAUUCCAUUUCUAAGUUUAUUUUAAUCUUUCUUGCUUCUGCAGUUGAACCACUAUAGUGCUAUAGGCUAAAGAUGGGGAAUUGCCAUUCACAAAUGCACUAGGGCUACAAUCCUAACCCCACUUACCUGCAGAGUAAGCCCCAUUGAAUUCAAUCGGACUUACUUUUGAGUAGACAUGGUUAGGAUUGCACUAAGUUACCUUAUUAAAGCUCUGUGCAGACUCCAGCUCAGCUCCUCACCUGCAGUGAGUCUGUGUUAGGAUGAGACUGACCUACCAGGAGGGCAGGUUUACAGCAAAUGCCUAUUGACCAUAAGGCAUACGAAAUACUUUGAAUACUUGCUUAUAAUCCUUGUUUGUUAAUAGCACUCCGUCACUAAAGUUGCCUGUUUUAGGAACAAUCAUAUGCUGAAUUGGUGUUAACUGAGUGAUCUUCAGUAGCUGAUACAAUGCAAGUUCAAAAAUAUUUUGCUAUGUGCUUUGAAAAUGACAGUUGAGUGGGGUGUCAGCAUUGUUGACACAAAGUGUCAUCAGAGAAGUUUAAAAGUAUCCCCUGGGUAUACUGGGUAUACUGUAUAAUAACAACGAGGGCAGGAAAACCAAGUUAUGUGUGCAGUUAAUGUACACAUAACACAGAUAUGCUGUCCUCAUGGUUUUGUAUCCUUCUGAAGUGUGAUAUGUGUAAGAGAACCUAAAUCUCCAGUUUUCCAGUACUAAGAAGCAGAUGGAAACUAUGGAGCAGACUUUAUGAUAUCCUAUCUACCAGUAGCACAUGUAACAAAAUAUUUUAUUUUAUUGUCUUCCUACUACUGUGUGACAUCUGGUGCUUUAUAAAUUAUGCUUCAAGGGAAACGGGUGUCCCAGAUAUUAUUAAUUAAGGUGGAGAGACAGUACAGUUACAAUUGAGACUGCAGUGCCAUGCAUGCUUACCUGGGAGUAAGCUCCAUUGAACUUGGAGACUGUGGUGAAUAAACAUGGUUAGACUGCAUAGUGGAAAUUCUAUAGAGGGGAAAUGACUUCUCUCUCAAGCCAAAAAAGAGAGGUUGAAAAAAGCUGUUUCUUUGCUUCGUUAAAAUAAACCUAAGUAGCUUAUACAUGUAUCAUCUCUAUUUGUAGCAUAAUGUGUCAACAGCAAAAAAUAAAGGAUUCUAAUUUUAAUUAUAUGUCCAAUAUAGGAACAUGUCAUUCAUUCAAUGCUUAAGAGAUUUUAAAAUUAUUAAGUGGUUUAUAAACACUUUAAAAUAAAAUAUUCAUAUAAUAAUGAAAGGUUCCUCAGAUUCUCUUAAUAUUAGCUAUUCUUUUUUUCAACCCCAGACAUUUAUUAACUACUGAUAUUCCAAAUGUUAGACUAGUUUUUCCUUAAUGUUCCAAUUAUGCAUUCAAAAUACGUUUGACAUUCUGUUAAAUUAUCAUUCGUAGUGUAACUCACAGUAAAUUAAAUGUAACAUUGCAUCUAUUGUUUUAUGAAUUUUCCAAGCAUUCAGGUGCAACUGGUUGUGAUGUUAAAACUUCUCAUGCAAACAAACAUAAAAUUGCAGGUCUUUGGGUUUCAAAGGUACAAAUGAAUUUCCAUAUUACAUCAGUCCAUGUAAAUUUCACCAUAGAACUUUAAACAAAUGGAUUCAGUCAUACUCAAGAUAAUGUAUAAUUUUGAAAACGUUCCCUCUCUGCAGCAACCUAAUAAAGUUGCUAAUUUUCAUAUAUGAAUUGGAGAUGUAGUUGUGCUAAAUAUUUGUCCUGACUUUUUACUAAUGACACUCAGUGUUGAACUUUUUCAGUGCAAAAUAAGCAAGCAGUACAUUCUUCAUAUGCACACCUUGCAUACUGUGGUGUAUAUCUAUGAAGAACAAAUCAGGUGAUAGAUGCUGUUUGUAUUCUGCAUGAAAGCUUUCCUGUUAUACCAAUUCUUCCAUGAAGAGUUCCCUUUAAUUUAAUUCCUGAGCCUUCUACUGGCCACCAGAAAGCUGCCUUAAAAGUCCUUUUAUAAGUUAGCAUUAUUUGGAACACUUCCACAUCCCUGUGCUGGUACGUGAUGUUUAAAGCCCUGCCCCUGCCUGAAUGGCAUGUUAUAGCCACACAGCCUCAUAUCUAAAUAGAAUAUUGCUUCAAAAAGCACUUUUGGAAAGCAUGAAGGUGAGUGUGCUAAACAAUACCUUAAAUGAAAAAAAGAGAUCUCUGUGCUAUUAACUACAGCAGGUUAAUGGCUAUCUGAUUCAAUGAGCUCCCCCCCCCCCCUUGAAAAUGAUGUAAAAACUUUUUGGAUACAUGCUCUGUCUAGCUGUAAGUACUUGAUGGGAAACAUCUAGUUCUUCUGAGAAGGGUGCUAAAGAAAGUGGUUUUCUUCUGAUCGAAAUAAGUUCAGACCAUAUGACCUGCCACACCAUGUUAUCUGCUACUAAAAAUGGUUGAUGCACCAACUGGGGAGGCAUGAUACGCUAAGUGAGCACUGAGUUCAUAACAUUUCUGGUCCAGGGUAAGCUAGCCUUGAACUGAGACACCUUUUGGGUAUUUGAUUUCAACGUAACUGAUACCACUUGGUCAGAUGAGCCAGAAAUGUACAAUUGCCAGCAAAUAGAACUGUCUUUUUUGUUAAAUAAAUACAGAAUAUUUUACCUUUGUCUUGCUACCUAGUAAUGAGAGUACAUGAUGGUAUAGUGUGGAUUUCUUGAUAUUGUGUGCUGAGAAUAGUUAGGUUCUUCAUCAGAGUUGCAGGAAAUCCAGCUGUGUGCUGUUUGAGAACAAGCUUGGGAUGUGAUAUUAUUUUUUAAAAGUUAUUGGAAGUUACCAGCAUCAGCUUUGCAUAUAUUCCUGUUUUUAAUAUUAAAUUUUAAAUUAUCGUAACUCAUUUUGGGACCUGAUGGCGAAGGAUGUGUAAUAAAUUGAAUAUAUAACAAUAAAUAGUAGCUGUGGGAGGAGCUUAUCAGAGCUUGCAGGGCAGCGGCGCGCGCCUAGUGGCGCGUGCAGUUUGAUCCAUCUUUUAGAUUUAGGGGAGCUAGUCUCAAACGUUUGUUGGGGGAGACCUAGGGUUUUUUGGGGGGGGGAGUUAUUUGUCCUGUCUUCACGCUUUUUAUGAUGGAGGACCACUGUAGCCACCCCCAACGACACGUUCUCAAGAUGGAGGGGGAGGAAACAGCUGCAGUUGCCUGCGGCUCCUGUGCAAUGUUUGCCAUCUUGCCAAAGGUUGCAGGCAGCUUUACCUGCAGCAAUUGCAUGUUGAUUGCCCUCUUAGAAGACAAAGUCCAGCAACUGGAGGAACGUGUAGCUACGCUCCAAAGAAUUAGAGAGCUGGAGCUCUUCUUGGAAGCAACAGAGCACACCGCCUCCACCAAGGAGGAGACAGGGGACUCCCCUGAGAAGGAGGCUAGUUCACCAACACAGGAGCCAGAUAUAUGGAGAAACGUAACUCAAAGAAGUAGGAGGCCCAGGGUUCGCUCUGAUUGUUUAGAAAUACACAAUCGCUUUGAGGUCCUUUCCCCUAGCAUGGAAGAUGAAGAGCAGACUCCAUUUGAGGAUCUCUCCCUCAUUACAGUUGAUCAGGUAAAUGAAGACGAGCAGCAAAGUCAGUCCUCAGGGAAUGUGCAGGCGACCUUGGAACGGACAGCUCACGGAAGAACCCCAACCAAACCUAAGAGGAGGUGUGUAGUGGUGAUAGGGGAUUCCCUACUGAGGGGAACAGAAGCAGUGAUCUGUGGGCCUGACAAGAUGUCUCGGGAAGUGUGCUGUCUCCCCGGGGCUAAGAUCCAAGAUGUAACUGAACGACUGCAAGGAAUCAUAAAACCCACUGACAAAUACCCCUUCCUCUUGGUUCAUGUGAGGACCAAUGACACUGCAAGCAAUAGCCUCCAGAAGAUCAAAAGAGACUACGAGGCACUGGGCAGGAAAUUGAAGCAAUUAAAUGCACAAAUUGUCAUCUCAUCUGUCCUCCCAGUUGAGCGACGUGGCCCAGGGAGAGAGGGGGAAAUAGUGGAAGUGAACAGCUGGCUUCGCAAAUGGUGUAAACAGGAACGGUUUGGAUUCUUAGAUCACGGACUGCAGUUUCUUGAAGAUGGACUUCUGGCAAGCAAUGGGCUGCACCUCACAACGGUUGGGAGGAAUGUUUUUGCCAAAAAUUUCAGAAACCUCAUCAGGAGGGCUUUAAGCUGACUAAUGUGGGGGAGGGAGACAGUGCUCCUGAAGGCAGGAGUCUAUCAAUUGAUGAAGAUGAUCAUCCAAAUGUCAUAGACCAAAUGGAGCAAACAGCACACAGACCUAGUGGUGGGAGGAAAAAAUCCUUAAAUAAGAGACAUGGGGGAAAUGAUUAAUGGACUUCAGUGUCUAUACACUAAUGCACAAAGCAUGGGAAAUAAACAAGAUGAGCUUGAGCUCUUGGUGCAGCAAACUAAAUAUGACAUAAUAGGCAUCACUGAAACCUGGUGGGAUAAGUCCCACGAUUGGAAUGUAAUAAUGGAGGGAUACAAUCUAUUUCAGAGAAACAGACCAGACAAGAAAGGAGGAGGAGUGGCGUUAUAUGUCAGGGAUGUGUAUACCUGUGAAGAGAUCCAAGAUUUAGAACCUCAAAGCCAAAGUGAGAGCAUUUGGGUCAAAAUUAAGGGAGAGAAGAAUAACAGUGACCUCAUUGUGGGAGUUUACUAUAGAUCCCCAAGCCAAACGGAGGACAUAGAUGAUGCCUUCCUGGAACAGAUGGCCAAGCAUGCAAAAGGAAGGGAGAUAGUAGUAAUGGGGGACUUCAAUUACCCGGAUAUUUGUUGGAUGUCAAACUCAGCCUAGAGCAUAAGGUCAAACAGAUUCCUCACUGGCCUUGCAGACAACUUCAUUGUCCAGAAAGUGGGAGAAGCAACAAGAGGAACAGCCAUUUUAGAUCUGGUCCUAACCAAUGUUGAUGACCUGGUUAGUGGGGUAGAAGUGGAAGGAUCAUUAGGCGCGAGUGAUCAUGCUCUUCUGAAGUUUACUAUACAGCGGAAAGGAGCAGCCAAGCAUACUAAUACUAAAAGGAAAGGGAGUUCAUGAUGGCUGGGAGUUUGUUAAGAGGGAAAUAGUAAAAGCAAAACUUCAGGCAAUACCAAUGAGACGGAAACAUGGAAGGUGCCUAAAGAAGCCAGGGUGGCUAUCUAAAGAACUUUUAACUGAGUUAAGAUUAAAAAAGGAUGUGUACAAAAAAUGGAAAAGGGGGAAACCACCAAAGAGGAAUUCAAACAAAUAGCCAGCACGUGUAGACACAAAGUCAGAAAAGCUAAAGCACAGAAUGAACUCAGGCUUGCUAGAGAGGUUAAAAGCAACAAAAAGGCUUUUAUGGGUAUGUUCGUAGCAAAAGGAAGAACAAAGAAACAGUGGGGUCACUCAGAGGAGAAGAUGGUGAAAUGCAAACAGGGGACACAGAAAGGGCUGAACUCCUCAAUGCCUUCUUUGCCUCAGUCUUCUCCGAUAAAGAAAACAAUGCCCGACCUGAAGAAUUUGGAGCAAAUGAUUCAGCAGAGGAAACACAGCCCAGAAUAACUAAGGAGAUAGUACAAGAAUACUUGGCUAGUCUAGAUGUAUUCAAGUCUCCAGGGCCAGAUGAACUGCAUCCAAGAGUAUUAAAAGAACUGGCAGAUGUGAUCUCAGAACCACUGGCAGUCAUCUUUGAGAAUUCCUGGAGAACAGGCGAAGUCCCGGCAGACUGGAGGAGGGCAAAUGUUGUCCCUAUUUUCAAAAAGGGGAAAAGAGAGGACCCAAAUAAUUACCGCCCAGUCAGUCUGACAUCAAUACCAGGGAAGAUUCUGGAGCAGAUCAUUAAGCAAACAGUCUGUGAGCACCUAGAAAGGAAUGCUGUGAUCACCAAUAGUCAGCAUGGAUUUCUGAAAAAUAAGUCAUGUCAGACUAACCUGAUCUCGUUUUUCAAUGCUUUUCCUGCUCCUUUUAACUUCCACAAGGACAGGUACUUUAUUUAACUCUAGACUAACAAAGCUAUUGCCUGCCAAGAGUGCCUGCUCUUCGUUGCUCUAUGUAUGCCUUCCUCCUCACAGAAGCCAUAAGAGACCAUUUGGUAGCAGCUCUCCAAGGUUUCAGGCAGGAAAGGAGUCUUUCCCAGACUUACAUGGGUUUACCAGGGAUUAUAUCUGCAACCCUUUUUUACAGUACAUGAACCAUUUUGGCUCUCCCCUGUUAAUCUGGAACAAUCUUGCUGCAGCUUGAAAAGGCUCUAUGGUGACUUUGAGAAUUGUAUGUAGUCCAAGUCUUUGGUGGAAUAGUUGUAGUACAGUAUUGGAAUUUCCCUGGCCUGUUCACUAUAUGAAUUUAAAAGCUGCAUGACUGGAAAAGGAUCAUUACUGAGUAAUUUAAAGGUGGUACUAGUGUUAUUUUGAUUUUUACUUCCAGGCAUGUAAUCUUGUGCCACGUAAUCAUUUCACUGGUUUGGCUUUAAUUUAUACUUCCUUGUAUGUUCUUUUGUAAAUUGAAGCUAUAUAGUUAGAACUAUAAAUUACUGACCUGAAUACAUGUUGCUGACUCAAAAGGGAAGUAUCUAGAAAGAUCUCAACAAACAAACUUGGUGAUGAAUGUAUCCGUGAUAAAUAAUAAGCUUGUGUAUACUGUAAGUUGAGAAGCUUUCCCAGCUUGUUUACUGGUUUUUGUAGGAAACAGAAAGUUUGCAUUGUAUUACUUUUUCUCUCCUUUAGUGCAACAUAGUUGACAUGGGAAGAAUACAUGGGGUUAAAUUCAAACUAGCAAUGCAGAAGUAGGUAGGAUUUAAGCCUAAAAUCAGUGGGACUAAAAUUUUGAUUGAUAUGCUGUGAUUCUAUACACUAGUGGUGGGGAAUCUUUUUUCUAUAUAUGGGGGGGGGGAAAUCAGCUGGAGGCUAGAGCUGAUGGUAGACUGGCUGCAGUGGAAGGAAGAGAAAUUGAAAACUGCUAGGGAAAAGAUGGGAUAGAGGAUUCUGGAAAAUGGCAUGAUUGGUUAGGGAACCUGAACAGAAGAACUUCACAGCACAGCAUUUUAUGACAGAUCCUCCUUGCAAUUUAAUAAAAAUAAUUAAGGCUGGAAACACAGAUAUCUUUGAAUUGUAGACUCCCCCACACAAAAAGGUAUGUGUUCUUCUCGGUAUCAUGCACAUGGGUAGGUAGGUGUCUGUUAAAAGGGGUCAGUCCAGGAGCAUACUUAAACCAGUGCUGCACUUGGGGCAAAUUUUGGAGGGGAGAUGUUUGCUUUCUUUGGGCUAUAGUCUGUCCUUUCGUAGUAUAUCAUGCAUGCUCAAGGUAAGAGUGAAUUUGUUGUUACAUUUGAAUGGCUGUCAAAAAAACCCACAAGCAUAGUGAAAGAGCAGGAACACAUACAUAGAUGACUAACCAACUGGUGUUCAGGGCAAAUAAAUUAUGGCUAUGUUCUUAAACAAUUUAUGUAAAGUGUUAUUUGUUCAAGGCGUUGGAAUUUCACCCAUUUAACAAAAGGAAUGGCGUGAGUUUUGCCUUUUAGGCUGUAUAAUUUAUAAUUCCUGAAUCAGCAAGGAUUCAGUUGUUGAGCUAGCCAGACCACCUUCUUGGUAAUGGCCACCUAAAUAUGAGUUGUUAUGAGUUGUUAAGGUAACAGAGGAAGUGGCUCUGUGCCAGAGAGCAGAUGGGUAGGGGCCUGCUAUAACUGGUUGUUAGACGGACAAAAGCCAGAGUUGAGGUGUGUAAGAGCUGGAAGCUAGAAGCAGGUUGCUGGCAGAAAUAAUAAUAAUGAUCACAACAACAACAGCAGCAACAACAAAUAUAAUUAAUAAUUAAUAAUUCAUACCCCACCCAACCACUUUAGGUGGCUUCCAGCAAAUAUAAAAACAUAAUAAUGGACAAUUAAUUGACAUUUGAAAGAGGCUGCCUCAAUACUUUAUUAUUACAGUAUAACAAAGUUGGAUUGAUGGGUAAAGUGUGAGUGUCCUCUGCAGGAGUGAAUUGUAAGGCAUUGUAGUACCAUCCUGUAAUGUCUACUGAGAUGUAAGCCUUAUUGAGUUCAGUAGGACUUACUCCCAGGCAGAGUGUGUGUGUGUGUGCGUGUCUGUGGAUUGUAACCACAGUUACUUGCUUCAAAACUUUAGUGCAUCUUAUAAUUGAGAAAGUAAUUUUCUCUAUUUAUAGGUUUGUCUGAAACUUGCAAAAGACGAAUUGCUGAAAAUCAAGAUGGAGUCUGAUUCAGUAAGUGAAUAUCUUUCAAAGAUAGCAUGCCAUUUGUGGUGAUUUGUAAAAGUGUUUUCAGAAAAAAAGAGAUGGCAAAUAUUAUUAUAAAUGAACCUUAAUUUAUGCUUAUUGAAAAUAACGUCUCCACAUCACACUUUUGUCUUAAAUCUAGGAUCUGAUCUUUUUUUAAACGAUAUUAUGGCAGUUGGAAAACCAACAGGAAAGUAUUGCGUGUAAAUCUGCCAAAAAGCAUUUUGAACUUUAAUGGUGCAAACAGUUGCUGGUGCUUGCUCAUCUAAAGUUCAUCUCAAUUCUUCUAGCAAGUGGGGACAGGUCCAUAAUUUUGGCCUGGUUUUGCUAGCCAAAUAAAAAACUGUGUUUGAUGGGGCCUCGUUUAGCUCAGCACAGCAGCGACCCAUGAGCCUGCCUGUGAAAAGCCUGUCAGAACCCUUGUUGGGACAUUGUGGACCUCCACCCUUCCUCCCCCAACUAGGACCUGGGAAUAUGGUGGGUAACAUUGUGCAGCUGUUGACAUGAUAGCUCCACCCUGCUCCACCCUGUCCCACCCCUGCCCUAGCUGUGCUUUCACGCUUGCCAGAUAGCAACAGCACACAUCCCAUGGUGAAUCUAGAGGAAGCCUAAGAAGUGGGCUGGAUUUGUAACAGACUUUGUUCUGCUAUAGUGCCAAAAUGCUUAUAGAAUGCUAUAAGCAUUGGAACCUUAUCAAUGCAGCACAGUAGAAAACAUCAUUUGUGGGUAGCCACUACAUAAGGCAGCCCUUGGGUGCAGGGGGAAAUGCUGCUGAAAUCAUCAACAUUGGGUUUGACAAUUGACAGUGAACAUAGUAGCCAGGGCAGACCCAGCACUGCUUGUGGCAGUCAUGGGGACCAUCACAUGUUUUCUCUGCUGCUAUCACUGAUUUAGCAGCAGGCAGCACCCCUCAGCAUAUUCCACCAGGUCUUCAGACAUGCUCCAUGGGUGAACAGGUGGCAGCAGCCAAGCUCAGCUUUCAUACAUAGUGGCUGUCUGCCAUUUUAAGUUAUCUAAAAUGCAAGGUCUUGGUUUAUAGAUAUAUGAAAUUUACUGAUGAUUUGUGAUUGUUUUACUGAUGCUUUGUUAAUUAUUCUGUAUGGUUUAUGUUUUAUUUGUGAUGUUCUAUUAUAUUGUUGUUUUUCAUUGUUUGUGAGCCACUUUGUGAUUCAUGUGAGUGAAAAGCAGCAUAGAAAUAUAAUAAAUGAUAAUGAAAUUAAAUAAGUUAUUUUAACCUUUUUUAAAAAAAUAUUUUAGAAAUAUAAUAAAUGAUAUGAAAUUAAGUUGUUUUAAACUGUUUUUUAAAAAAAUAAUUAAAGACUUUCUUGGGUUUUAAGAACUGUUUUUAAUGUUGUGUUUUAAAUUGGUGCAACCUGCCCUGGGAUGUUAGGGAGAAGGACCAGCGAUAAAUUAAUCUGAUGACAAAUGACAACAGCUAUUGCAACAAAUAAAUAGACACUUAAGUGAACUAUUACAAAGUGAGAGAUGUUGGUAUUCCAGUGCUUUCUAAACAAUAUUUGUUUAUUCAUGUGCUGAUUUUGUUGUACCUGAUUAUUUCUGAUUUUUAGAGGCCACCUCCGUAUUAUGAAAAUUUUGCCUAUCAGCCAGAAAAUGCAGCUUCUCAUAGAUAUUUCGGUGGCCAUAACAUGUAUCCACAAUACCCACCUCCGUAUUAUCCUCCAUCAGUGCCACAUUACGUCCCCAGAAUUUCAACUCAUGAGUCAACUCCAGUGCCAACAAUAGCACAACCAAAGUCUACAAAAAUCUGCACGCCAAGUAAGCUUUGCUUUAUUUUUUUUUUAAAAACAAGAUUUUCUGUAAUUAGACCUGUUGUAUAGGUUUCCAAAAAAGCCUCUUUGUAUUUGUUCAUAUGUUUAAAUAUUGUUCACAUGGUUGUACAGUGGUACCUCGGGUUAAGUACUUAAUUUGUUCCGGAGGUCCAUUCUUAACCUGAAACUGUUCUUAACCUGAAGCACCACUUUAGCUAAUGGGGCCUCCUGCUGCCACUGUGCCGCUGCUGCUCGAUUUCUGUUCUCAUCCUGAAGCAAAGUUCUUAACCCGAGGUACUAUUUCUGGGUCAGUGGAGUCUGUAACCUGAAGCGUAUGUAACCUGAAGCAUAUGUAACUCGAGGUACCACUGUACUUCCAUUGUUGUACCUUGCGGGGGGUGAGGGUAGCAGGGAGAAUAGAAUGGUGGGCAGUUCAUUGAAUUAAUGAUGUUAUGGAUUAUUAUUUUUUGGGUGGGCUGCUUUUCUUUAAACUGGUAUGUACCUGUAGGUUAGAAAUAGACUGUCUAGUCUUACAACUCAUGAUAGUUUUCUCUCUAUAUAUUUUCAGGACUCAGGAAAAUAUUGUUACUCAUUCUAGCCAUUGCAAUACUGCUAAUAGGAGCUGCAAUAGCAUGUGUUCUCAUCUGGUUUUUCGGUAAGGAUCUGUUUGUGUUUAUAGAAGCUUAAAAUAUCUUGCAACAUGUUUGCCUGUGAAAUAGGUUAGGUAGGCUGAGAGACUGUGACUGGCCCAAGGUCACACAAUGAGCAUCAUGACUGAGUGGGGAUUUGAGCCCAGGUCUCCCAGAUCCUAGUCCCACACACAUUCUUAACCACUUCCCCACAUUGGCCCUCUUAACAACCACAUAAUUAUUAAAUUAUGGACCAUACAUGUAUGGUCAUGGCCACAAACGUCUGAUAGCAUUAGUCCAUCCUGCUUCCUUUUCUCCCCACCCAUAUUUGAAAUGCUUUUGCUCAUGAAGCAUGGUGCUCUUUUUGUUGCCAGUGAAGUAGAUUCCUAAAUCUGAUUUGUUUCUUUACAGUGACAGACAGUUGUUAUGGCUCCAAGAUACGGUGUGGCACUCUGGGAGUUUGUGUGUCACCAUCUCAGUGGUGCAAUGGAGUAAAAGAUUGCCCUAAUGGUGAAGAUGAAAAUCGUUGUGGUAAGUGCAUUCAGUGAAUUAUUUUUAAAAAUAAAUAAAUAAUUGAAAGCUCCUCCUCUUUAGGCAGCCUAUAGUCAAUGGUAGCCAAUAUUAUCUACGGCUAGAUUCUAUGUAGCAGUUGUUGGAGACAUUCAAGAUUUCUCGCACAGGACACUGGCCAUUGACCUGCAGUCAUUGCUUCAAUUAUGGUGAGGUUUCCCCUGUGCUGAAAUUCUCCUAGCACAGUAAGCACAGAAGUACAGUAAGGGGAAUACUAGGGCCAUGGCUGGCCUGUGGCUUGUGAUCCUAGAACAACAAACUUAUUUUGUCGUCUCCCAAGUAAAGUAAUCAGCCACAAGUUGGAAAUAACCUCUGCCUUGGGGAUGGGGAGCCUGUGGCUGCCCACUGUUCUUGGAUUCCCAUUUCCCACUGUCCCUGACCAUUGACCAUAGCGGCUGAUACUGAAAGAACUUGGGAGUUCAAUAACAUCUGAAGGACCACAGCUUCCCCAUCCCUGUUCUUUAAAUAUAUAUAUUAAAGAUUUUCUUUGAUUAAAACCCUCCCUCUUCUACAUGUUUGGAUAAUUACUACAGACAUCCACACAGAGGCCCCUCCCAGUGUUUGUAAUCUUAUCAGCAAUUCCCACCUACCCUUUAGCAACACCUGGCUUCUUUUUGCAGAAAGGGAAAAUCAGAGUUGCAGCAACUGCUAUAUAUGUGUCAGCCAGGUAAUCUCCUUAUUGAAAUUUGAUGGUUCUGAGACUUGUAUGUCAUCAGAAAAUCUAUUUUUGUUUUAGUUAGGCUUUAUGGGCCAGAUUUUCUCCUGGAAGUUUAUUCAUCUAAAAGCAAAAAAUGGUACCGUGUUUGCUAUGAUGAUUGGAAUAAUGAACAUGGAAAGACUGCCUGUGAGGAUUUGGGAUAUAACUCGUAAGUAUAGUGAUAUUUUAAUUAUAGCAAAUAUAGACUGAAAUAAUUUGACUGCAAUAAUUUCCAUAUAAUGAGGGGAAGGACUAGACCAUGUGAAAAAUGAACAUAAUAUUUUAGCUGCAGUUCAUUCCUUUUCAGCUUUUUAUUGUUAUUAAAAAGUGUGCCUAAACAUUCUGGUGUUUCGCCUAUACAGUGGUGCCCCGCAAGACGAAUGCCUCACAAGACGAAAAACCCGCUAGACGAAAGGGUUUUCCGUUUUUCGAUGCGCUUCGCAAGACGAAUUUCCCUAUGGGCUUGCUUCGCAAGACGAAACGUCUUGCGAUUUCUUGCGAUUUUUUUCGCUCCCCCCCCCUUUUUCUAAGCCGCUAAGCCGCUAAUAGCCUUUUAGCCGCUAAGCCGCUAAGCCUUUAAUAGCCGCUAAACCGCUAAACCGCUAAUAGCGCUAAUCCGCUAAGCCGCUAAUAGGGUUGCUUCGCAAGACGAGAAAACCGCUAGACGAAGAGACUCGCGGAACGGAUUAUUUUCGUCUUGUGAGGCACCACUGUAACUUAGGUUUAAGGUGCCAUUUAGCUCCUAGCUUUCACUUCUCCAUUUCUAACACAGCUGCAUGUAUCUUGAUUACUGAUAUUUGCAGUAAUACUUUUAUUAUAGCAGUGAGUGUAGUAAUGGUGAUAGGAGGAACAAAAUUUGAAUUCCACACUGUGCCAGAUCUUUCAACAAGCUUUACAAUGUUUCAUGUAAGUGCUGGGAAAAUAGAUAUGGCUCCCAAAAUCAUCAUAAUGCAAAACUCUCUAAUGCAACAGAUACUGUUGGUUAGUGCUCAAAGCUGGUGAAGAGGGAGUUCAUAUCUAGUGGCAUUAAAAAAAAUAAUUAAUGCUUAAGCUGAUUGUGUUGUGUGUAUGCAUGCUUAAAUAGUUAAGCGCACAUGUUUGAAUGUUCACUCCUAUCUUUGACAGGAACACAUAUUUCAGGAGCAAUCCAUUACCACUCAUCACUGACUCUAGGAGCUUUAUGAGGUUGAAUAAAAGUGCUGUGGACACAGACUUGCAUAAAAAACUGUAUAACAGGUGAUACUUUUAUAAUUUUUGCCUACUUUUAAGUGUUUGACUCCCAGAGCCAUUAUAAUGCACAACUGUUGUCGUAGGGGUGAACUUAAUGAUUGUUGGCAUAAACAAUUAUUAUGUUUUAAGCCCCUGUUAAGUUUCCCUGCCUCUAGCUUCUACUUAAUAGAAAUUGAAGACAUUAAGCAUAUUUAAUAGAAUUUGAACUCAUCAAACAUAUUUUACCAAGUCCUGUUCUGUGCAUAUAGAAGACAAAUGUUUGUAGUUCAAGAAUACUGCCCUUGAGUUGUACUCAACUGACUUCUAUUCAUGUCCAGUUUAGCAGUUGAAAUGUGGAGGCUGCUUUAAAUUGUGGGACAUGUAAUGAAGCAGAUCUUUAAUAUGCCAACCUGGAAAUUUUCUCCCCUCCAAUGCAAAAUUUUAAAGCUGUGCUCAGUACCCAGUGGCUUGCAGCAAUUGUUGUGCCAGUCUCUCUCCUUCAGUGUGAGAAUAUGCCUUGGAAUUAAGAGCUGGGUAAUUACUUUCAGCAAUGGUUAUUCUGCUGUGAAUGGGGGGGGGAUAUGGGGGGGUGAGCUGUGAGGAGCACCCUACAAUGCCCGAGUAGGAGGACCAUACAUUUGUGUAAAUUAACGAUUGAUACCCUCUUUUACGCUUGUGGAGUCUAUUAGUGUAGAAGCCACUUCAAUAUGUUUUGAACAUGUGGUGUACGUGUGGAGCUGAUUGUCUAGAUUCUUCCUGCCCAGUUGGUACCCUGCCAGAAGGGAGGCUCCUGAUUUACAUGAGAAAAUGUGUGCAGAUCUGGUGGCAGGAUUACCCCCACACUGUUGUAGAGUAUAGGUUCAUGUGAAGUUGAAGCCUCCUCCUUCAUACAUAGUACAAAUACAUAUAUACUAUUUGUGUUACAGUGAUCAGUGUCCAUCGCUACAGAUGGUGUCUCUGAGAUGUAUAGGUAAGUGUUGCAAUGCUGUUUAGUUUUUAGUUAACUUUUUCUGUUUUUAUUUGAAUUAAACUUUUCUGUCUUGUGCCUGACUUGUAAGAAUCCUAGUAAGUAAGUAAAUGAAUUUAUGUUGAUAUGGCUGGGGUAUGAUUAAAUUGGCCAAAUACAUUUACCUUAUUUCAUUUGGAGAUUCUGGGUUCUAUUGUUAUAAAGCCACCGUUAUCAUGAAUAAGAAUUAAUAUAAAAUAGAGAUCCUGAUUUCUAAGGAACUGAUAUUAAGUGACUGUAAAUCUGACUGUAGGCAACAUGGCUAUGGUAACUCCUAAAAGGAAGGGCAGGAUACAUAUAUUGUUGUCAUGAGAGAGUCAUAAAUGGUGGCAGGAAACAUCCUGUGACUUAUGUUAUGAAUAGUUUACUUAUGAAUGUUUAACUUAUGUUUCCUCUAUUUUUUACAAAGCGUGUGGCACUUCCAGUAAAGUUUGGAAUCCUCGAAACAGAAUUGUGGGUGGAACUGCUGCCUCCCCUGGUGAGUGGCCAUGGCAAGUCAGCCUUCAUAUACAGAAGAUUCAUCUAUGUGGAGGGUCCAUUAUCACUCCUGAAUGGAUAGUAACUGCAGCUCACUGUGUAGAUGGGUAAGUCUCAAACAAUUUCUCCCAAAUUAUGUGUCCCUUGGGAUUUUGUUUUUUGUAUGUAUAAUUGCUCUGGUUACUAAAACUUUUACUAUUAGGAACCAUUUUUGUCCUUCAAUUUUUAAACAGAAUAGAUGUAGGAUCUGGCACUUAUUUUUAGCCCUUUUGAAAUAAUUUUCAAGGAACGCCUAGACUGCAUUGUGUCUGUUUGGUGUGCUAAGGAGAACUCUCCUCCUUUUGGUCAAAUGUUCUUGAGGGUUUUUGAGGGGUUUUUUUUGCUCCUUUCUCCUCCUCUUUGCUAGGUCCUAACAAAUGCAGACACACUGACAGAAAAGGCUUAAUCCCUGGUAUCUACACAUGGCCUUUUGCUAUCUACCGUAUUUUCCGUCCCAUAGGACGCUCCGUCCCAUAGGACGCACCUAGUUUUUUUGGGGGGAAAUAAAGGGGAAAAAAUUUCCUUUAUUUUCCCCCCAAAACCAGGUUGGGGAACAGCGGUAUGGCGGCGCUCUGCCUCCCCGCUGUCCCCCGAGCUUGUGGGGCUGGCGCUGGAGAGAAGCGCGCUUUUCCCCAGUGUCAGCCUCCAAACCAGGUCGGGGAACAGCGGGAUGGCGGCACUGCGCCUCCCCGCCGUCCCCUGAGCUUGUGGGGUUGGCCGAUGUCUGCCCGAAGCACGGGGUGCUCUGCUUCAGGGCACCCUGCGCGCCGGGCGGCAGGCUGCUAUCCGCAGCCUAGGGAGUCCUGCAGGAACUCCUGCAGGGCUCCCCACGCUGCGGAUGUCUGCCCGGCGCAAGGGGCGCUCUGCUUCAGGGCGCCCCACGCGCCGGGUGGUAGGCUGCUAUCCGCAGCCUAGGGAGUCCUGCGGGAACUCCCGCGGGCUCCCCAGGCUUGCUGAUAGCUUCCUGAAGCCUGGAGAGCGAGAGGGGUCGGUGCACACCGACCCCUCUCGCUCUCCAAGCUUCAGCGAAAGCCUGUAUUCGCCCCAUAGGACGCACACAGAUUUCCCCUUCAUUUUUGGAGGGGAAAAAGUGUAUCCUAUAGGGCGAAAAAUAUGGUAUAUAGGGUUGUAACCAGGAAUGUUACCUUCUUGACAGUAGACCUUAGCAUAUUAGAUGUUGAUGCUGCAGCAACAUGAAUCAUGCUUGAGAAUAAAUCAUAAUUGUUAGCCUUCAUUUUGUUUCCUAGGGCAUAUUCUCAUGCAUUUGACUGGACAGUUUAUCCUGGGAUCAUGAAACAGCAAGAAAUGCGUCCUCAUAAGGGCUACAGAGUAUCCAAAAUAAUUUCUCAUCCAAACUAUGAUUCAACUACUAAAAAUAAUGAUGUUGCCCUUAUGAAGUUACAGUCUCAUCUACCUUUAGAUGGUACCUAUCUAUUUACCUGUGUAUAUAUGCAUGUAUAUUUUAUCUUUCUAUUACCUGCUCAGUGCAGCUAUCAAAAUCAACAUUGCAUCAAACUAAUUGAACCAGAUCAGUGCAAAACAACAGAGGCUGAUUUAGGGGAGCACGACCAGUUCAGUUGCACUGGAUGCAGAGCCUCAGGGGUGCCGCAACUAUUAUGUAGAAUGGAAGGCAGAGGAGGCAGGGAGUGCUAAAUUUCGGUGUUUGCACAGGGCACUGCUAAAAUUUAAGACCCCAGGAUCUGCCAUUGAAAAUGAUUAAAAUGAAAGAUGUGAGUAUGAUGAUAACCUAAUAGAAAAUUGGAGAAUCUGUUCAUCUUUCUACAGUUAAAGUUUAACUUCUACACUUUAAGCAGCAAUAGCUAAAUGUUUACAUUUCAAAAUGUAGCAACAAGCCAGUCCAAUCCACUAUACCAAAGCACCAAAUGUAAGUUUGCAAGAUUUUUGCCUAUUCAGAAGCAAGUGUCACAUCAUGCACACAGCUUGGCCUUCACCCACCGCUGCUGUGGUGACAGGGCCAGGGCCAGGGCCUCCGCCUUUGCCACAAGGCCUCUGUGGUCAUGGCAUCAGCAGGGUGGGGGCGGUGGAGCGUGUGCAGCUAGGCCUCCACCCACUACCACUCUCCAGUGUGGUGUAGUGGUAGUGGUUAAGAGGGGUAGGCUCGUAAUCUGGGGAACCCGGUUCGCAUCUCCGCUCCUCCACAUGCAGCUGCUGGGUGACCUUGGGCUAGGCACACUUCUCUGAAGUCUCUCAGCCCCACUCACCUCACAGAGUGUUUGUUGUGGAGGAGGAAGGGAAAGGAGAAUGUUAGCUGCUUUGAGACUCCUUCGGGUAGUGAUAAAGCGGGAUAUCAAAUCCAAACUCCUCUUCCUCCUCCUCCUCCUCUUCUUCUUCUUCUUCCUCCACCACCACUGGCUCUCUGGUGCUGCAACAGCCUCCACUGAGGCCUGCCGCAGAUGCACCCCAUAAGCACGCCUUUGGCCACAGUGAACUGCAGCAGAGGCCCAUGGUGAAGGGUCUUUGUGGAGGCCACCACAGUGUCAGAGAGCCAGCGAGGUAAGGCUGUGGUGGGUGGAGACUGAGCAGCGCACACGUGUGCAACAUGACUGCCGGGCACCCACAAUAUAAAUUUUGUGGGUGCCCAUACACCCAGCCCCCCCCCCCCAUGGCACCAGUGGCCCCAUCCAUAUGUCAGAGUGCAAAUCUUUACAUCAGGGAGCUUCCUCUGCUUGUGUUGCCCCCCCCCCCGCAUUCUAUGCAAAAUACUGUUGAAAAUCCACAGUGCCCCAAAUAAUGUAAACACCUGCAGUGUCAGUUUUUAUUUCCUUUCUCUCUUCCACCCCCAAACCUCCAUGUUUGUGGGAUGGUGGGGAAAAUAUAGUUGUUGUUUUUUAUUUUUUAAAUUAUUUUCAAUUUUAUACAUUUCAGUAAUUUUGCAAUCAUGUUAACAUUUCGAAACUCAACUCCCCCCCUUUCUGUGGUUCCUUACAUUUAUUUUUUAUAUUUUCAGCAUAAUCCAAUUAACUAAACUUAAUCAUUUAUUCAUCUAUUGAAAAAUGUAGUAUUAAGUAAGGCGAGUUACUGCUUUUAUUACUCUUAACUUGUAGUCACAUCUAGACUUCUGCCAAAAAGUGUGUUUUUGGUGGGUAAAGGUUUCUUGCCUUGAUAGCUCCCAUACAGUGACUUUUAUCAACAAAAAUGCUCAUUUCCUCAAGGAAAUUAAGAGUGCUAGUAGAAAUCAGGUACUAUGAAAGCCCCCAACCUUCCAUGUUAGAAGGGCUGAGAGUGCUGUUCUGGCAACUCUCUAUCAAAUUCUCAUUUCUGCACAGUUACUGAUUAGCAAUAUGUUCUUGCCUCAUAGAGUUUAUAAGUCCAGUUUGUUUGCCCAACCCUGGAAUGAUGUUUCAGCCUGACCAGCAAUGUUGGAUAUCUGGAUGGGGAGCGAAAUUCCAGAGAGGUAAAAUCGGUUUCUAUCAAAGUCUGGGCUUUCCUUUAAUUAUAUGUCGUGGCACUUUGGAAUUGCUGCUAUAAAAAUAUUAAAAUAACUGGCUUGGUUGCAACAAAUUAACUAAAGUGACCCAGUUAAAAGUCACUCUUUAUGUUGGAACUAGAUUGUUAGCUCAAUAUCACCUUAUAUAUGUCCUAUACAUGUUUGUUGUUGCUAUGAAUCUUUUUGUUACCCUGAGCCAUUACUGAAGCAAUUUGCCUAUGUUUUGUUCUAAAUGGAAAAAGCCACCAGAUGUUUUGAGGAAAGUGACACACAGUUGUUGCUGCACUACAUAUAGCCUACAUCCUCACUGACUCUUGGCCAUUCUGGCUGGAGAAGGUGAGAGUAACACUUCAGCAACAUCUCAGGUGCCAAAUUUGAGGGAAAGCAACAAAGGCUGCAGUCUGAGACUCAGAAGGAGAGUCAGAGUGAGCUGAAAACUGGAAGGCAUCGCAAGAUGCUGAAGAGUUUGUGUCAGGAUCUGUUUUCAGCAGUGCUGCUGCUACAGUCAAACCUUGGAAGCCGAAUGCCUUGUGAGUUGAAGCCGCAAACCCAGAAGUUAGUGUUCCGGUUUGCGAAUGUUUUUUAGAAGCCAAAAUCUGACGUGGCUUCUGAUUGUGUGCAGGAAGCUCCUGCAGCCAUUCGGAAGCCGUGUCUUGGUUAUCAAAUGUUUUGGAAGUCGAACGGAUUUCCGGAACGGAUUCUGUUCAGCUUCCAAGGUACGACUGUAUUUGUAAAUCUAAAUAUUAUAAUGCUGCAUAAGUCUCCAGUGAGUUCUCCCCCCAAAGGAAGUAAAAUGCAGUUAUGCACUUCCCCUGGGGUUUCUCGCUGCUCAGGAAAGUGGGGAACAGAUAAUAGUUUGUUUUAUGUAUAUGAAAUGUCUUGUUUAAUUCAGCUUUUAAAAAGACAUUUGGAGACAAGUUGCAGUGCUUUGUCAAUCCAUUGAACUGCAUUUUUACUGCUGAGUCCAUUGCCUUUAUGUCAACAUUCUGCAGCUGAAAGUUUUAGUAGGUUGUAUUUGAGUGGCUCUUAAUAUGUUGUUUUUGCACCUAUUUUUCAACCUUAGGUAACACUUCACAAGAACUGAAUGCAGCAAUAGUACCUCUGAUAGACUCAGCUAUAUGUAAUGAUAGGUAUAUCUAUAAUGGACUCAUUUUGCCUACCAUGUUCUGUGCUGGAUAUAUAGAAGGAAAGGUGGAUUCUUGUCAGGUAAUGUCUCUCUAUUUUAAGUGAUAAAGCAGCGCUUAGAUUCUAGCAUGAGCUCUUGUGGUCACAGUGCUAGUUUAGCCAUAUGAAGCCCUAAAUGGCUUAGGAGCAGGUUAUCUGAGAGAUUGCCUUGUCCCACAUAUGCCUCACCACACCUGCCUUCAACAAGCGAAGUGAGGUGGGUGGCUACCAGGGCCUUUUGGUUGUCACGUCUUGGCACAGGGAGACUCACCAUGGAACUUUCAUUAGUGUCUUCCCAGUGCUUUACCCAGGCUUUUAAAGUGUUUUACAUCUGGCCUGUAAGACCACCCUGAGACCUGUGGGUAUAGGGCGAUUUACACAUUUUAAUAAUACCAAUAAUAUAGGCUGAGUUUAUGGAAAGGAGGUAGUUUUUCUGUCUUCCAUUGUGUUUAUUGAUAAGUGACCAUAGAAAUGUUAAUACAAAUAAAUAAUGGUGAUUAGUUCAUUGGAAAAACAGGUUUGACUGAUUUAAAAGCAUUUCUCAUUUCCUUGGUGAACUUCCUUUACAGACGGAGGGUGACCUCUCUCAACCCCCUCCAAUUUUCCUAUUCCUACAUGUUUUCCCUACCUAAAAGCUAAACAGAACUUCUGAAAACCAUUCAAUAACUAUUAAAGGGCUACUUACUUUCAGCAAAGUUAGUAUUAGCCAGACGUUGUAGGCGUAGGGCUCCCUGCCAGACGACAUUGGUGCCACCACUGAGGAGACUAUUAUAGCAGAUGAUGAUUCUAGGUAGCAUACAGUGGUUAAGUAAAUUGCACAGGUCCUGCCCUUAGGCUUACAAGCUCAAAAACAAAAUAUGAAAUGGAAGAGGGAUAGGAAGGAGAAAGGGAUAAGUAGAAGUAAAUUCAGGUACCAAAAUUUCUUAGCUACGUAAUGGGCAAUUGAGAAAGUUGUGGGAGAAGAGAAGCCAGAAAGGAGUUGGGUCCCAGUGACUUCCUCAAGUGGAGUUAUGUAAAAUGAAUGGAAUUUUAAGCAGGGCUCCUCACCUGGCUUCUAGUGUUUGAGCAAACACAAGGAGAUAAAUUAGGUAUACAGGGUCUAGAUAGUCAGAGCCUUUUCAGGUCAAAACAAGUAGCUCAUAUAUGGCACAUUGCCAAUGCAAAUGCUAUAAAACCCAUCUAAUAUAGUCACAGUGGAUCUCUUCAUUAGUAGGCAAGAAGUUUCAUUCUGCAGUAGUUGAACAAAUGGUUUAAAAGCAGCAGUAACUUUACCGUGGGUUGCAAUGAAAAUGAUUAUAAUUUUCCUAUAGAAAACUCUGCAUGUGACUUACAGGGUAUAACUGUAGAAUGUGUUUCCUCUCUUGUUUUAGGGUGACAGUGGUGGUCCAUUGGUAACUCAGAAGAAUGCUUUGUGGUGGUUAGUGGGUGACACAAGUUGGGGAACGGGCUGUGCUAGUAGAUUCAGACCUGGAGUUUAUGGUAACAUGACAGUGUUUGCAGACUGGAUUUACAGAAAUAUGCAGGUAACCUUCUCUGAAAUAUUUUGAUAGCACUUUCCGAGGUGGGUUUUAGUGGUUGUCAGAUACAUUGCAGUAAUGAUGAAAUGGCCACUGGGCUGAUGGACAAGAGGCGGGGUGGGGAGUGGUAGCCUUCCCUGCCCUUUUCUGCCAGCCAAGCUGCUGCUUGGUAACAAGAGGAGCAAAGCAGGGAUUGCAGGUCCAGGUUGCCACAAGUGGACAGGGGCCUGGCUCAUUUGUAAGGGCAGAGAAUUCUGUCUGUGUUGACAAAGGUGUUCAGUGUGUGUGUAUCAAAUUUGCUUCAAUCAUGCUGGAGCACGGCCAAGAGAUGGACGUCAGGGAACUGGCUCUAUAUGGACAAAUUUGUUUAAACAUUUUUUUAAAAGGGAAAUGAAAACUUGGUCUUCCUCCACAUCAUGUGGGGCUGGAAUGACAUAACUUUUGCUCCAAUCAAUUAUCUCUAGCCUGCUUCACCCAAUAUGAUUGGGGAAAGCUAGGUGACUCCAUGUGCUCUGCAGAGUUGCCUGGUUUUUACCCAGUAGCUCCAACCUUGCCCUGCUAUCUAUCUUAAGUAUCUAUCUAUACAUUAGGCCGGGUUUCUGAGUUUUUAGACUACAGCUCCCAUCAUCCCUAGCUAGCAGGACCCAAUGGUCAUGGAUGAUGGGAAUUGUACUCCAAAACCAGCUAGUUACCCAAGUUUGGGAAACCCUACAUUAGAGAAAGUGUCUUUGAUGUGUCUAGAUCCAGCCUAGAACAGGGGUUGAAAACCUGUUGCUCUGCUGACUAUUAACUUCCACCAAGUACAGUAAACAUGGCUUUUAGUCUGGGAUGGUGGGAGCUGCCCAUUCCUUAGACCCUCUGUUAUUAAGAGAGCUCCUCCCUACCAAAGUUCAGGUGAUAGCAGCCCCAAAGAGGGCAUUCUGUGGCAGCCCCUAAGCUGUGGAAUUUACUCCCUCUAGAGGUGUAUAUGCACCUUCAUUACAGUUUCCCAUAUGCUGAAGAUGUAGCUCACUCCUGGCCUUUCAUACUGGAAAGCUAUUUUAGGAGCCACCCUAUUCUUCUGCGUGCAAAUUGUUUUAACUGAUAUAAUUUUAAAUUGUUGUAAUCUUUCCCAGGACCUCAUGUAAGAAAUUGCAUAACUAAUAGCAUCUGGAGGGCUAAAAUGUACCUCUCCUUAGUUUUUGUGAGAGAAAUAAUUGAUGGUGGUGACAGCAGUGGCACAGGGACCAAAGGGGAAGGCAGGAGAGAGCAGACGUGUAGUGUGUGCACAGGCAUGUCCACUCUGGAAUGCCAUUUGGCCACUUCUGUUGCACUUGGCUCUCAAGGCACAAUAUGGUUCCAAAUGUGUUAUCUCCCAUCAAGGAAACUUUUUUUUUGGGGGGGGAUGUUUAGUCAGUCAAGACACAGAUACAGUUCUCCUGCAACUGUCUUUUGUCUCUGCGGUAGGAAUUACAAGGUGUGUUCAGGCACACCCUUUGGCUGCCACCUUCAGUCAUUUGCAGGUUGCCACGACCUGAAAAUUUAUAGUUCCAUAGAAACACUUGCCAGCCCUGCUAUGGUUUACUCAUGAUCUUGCAUGCAGGGAUGAAGAGAAUGUGAGUCAAGAUCCCUGAUCUUGUGGGAGCAGGGGGCAGUCAAGAAUUCAGUGACACCACUUGCUUCUUACCUUGAACAACUGAUUGCGUUAAAAGUUCACGUAAACAUUAAUAAAUUCAUAAAUAAAUUCAAUACUUUGGAUUGAGGUUGCUGAAACUUGUGUUUUUCCUAACAGGCGAACAGAUGAUGCUAUUCAGCCAUACCCCCCUGCCCUCCAUGGAAUGAAUGGUGCCCCUGAUGUAUCUGAUUGCUUCCACUGGCUUUCUUGGUCUUCAUCAUUCCUGUACUAAGCGACUCUUAGGACCUAAACACUUGAUAAUUCUGAAUGCUUGCAAAGUAUUUGGGGCCAUUUGCACUGUGAAUGUCUUAAUAUCAAACGGUGUAGGUUGAACAAGAUUCUCUUUCCUUCAGUGUAGGUGCCCCUGGUCACUAUCACUCCCUUAUCAAGUUGCUAAACUUUUCUUCAUUUUGGAGGAUUCCCAGCCAGUUUUUUUUUUUAGUUUCAUUAUAAAUCAUAUUUAUAAAUUGCUGUUACUGCUGUCUUAGGAAUAGCACAGCAUCUUGUUUAUUUUCUUGGUUUUAUUUUAACUUUUAAUAUAUUAUUAUCUGUGAAUAUCUGGGCUGCUGGCUAGCCCAGUUUUUCAAGAUUGAGGGUAAAUGUCUUACUGUAACAUAUGAAGAGACCUUCUCCAAUACUCCAGUACUACUGAGAGAUGAAUAAUACUUUUCCAUUAUCUCCUGGUCAGGUACCUUUACUUCCUUUGUCUAGGUAUUAUAUUGAUUCUGAAAUCAGGUCUAUGUUCAGGUUUGUACUGAAUUCCUCCCCUCCUUCAGAUAUCAAAAUUAGAGUUUGGUUCAGAAAAUGGGAAAACCUUGAAUUUUAUUUUGUUAGAAUAUUCCCAGGUCGUAUCCGAUGCAGAAAGGAUAAAACUACUACUGAGCCUCAGUAAACAACCAACUGGAUAUGUUGUUUACUUAUGUGCUUACUCAUGUUUAGAGCCUGCAGACAGUAGCUAGGGAACAAUUCAACAGUUUCCCCCAAUCUCUUUCCUGAGAAAGCCUAAAUAUGCUCUCGUGAAUAUUUAUUACAUGCGGUUUGCUGCUGUUAACCCACAUGCUAAUGGAAAAGUAACCACUUAAUCUUACAGCUACCUCAUUUUGUAAGAGAGCAGCAACAUUUAUCUAUUAAGCAGGGAUUUUUUUUACAAUUAAGAUUUACAAUUUUAAUAAUGAAUUCAGAAAUAAACUUAAAUAUGGAAUGUGUAACAGCAAUAAAAUCUGGCAAACUGGGGAUUUCUUCUGAUUCUCAUGGACUGAAAUUACAAAACUGCUGCUACUGAAUUGCUCUUUUUUUAUAAAAAAAAAAGUGCCUGUUACCGCAGCAACUUUCAUUUCAGGCUUUGCCGAUAAAGUUGGGUAGUAAUGAGCCACUCAAAUCAUUAUUUAAAGGAGACAUACUGAUAAUACUAUGAAUAUAAAUCUUGCUGAAUUGUUAAAUAGUUGUGCCACUAUUUUAAGUAGCAAAUAUUUCUUUACUUCAAAAUUGAAAUACAACAUGUAUCUUAUGUACAAAUAAAUAAUUUUUUUACUCUCUU